AUGAAAUUAACACCACCGGCAGCAUUACCAUUAUUUCACGCACGAGUGCAUCGCUUGGCCUCAUCCAAAACUAUUCAUAAACUUGAGGAUGCUUUAACACUGGAAACUGAGUGUUUGAUAGAUCGUCUACUGGAGCAAACAUUAUCAUCGUCAACAUCAGUACCUAGCAUUUAUACCAACAACAGCAGUAGCAUCAGUAGCGAUAACAACGGGGAUAAUGACCAUCAAGAACAAUGUAAAGGAGUAGACGUAUUACUGCAUCUUAAUCUCUUUACCAUGAAUUACAUUCUGGUAGUCGGAUUUGGAAAACGUGCUGAAUCAAUGGAGGAUCCUUUAUUUCGCACUCUAUUGGAAAGCGUCGAAGAGCCAUUCCGACACUUCAACAUUAUCAAAGAUCUCAAGACGUAUUUGCCACUCGUUUCCUUUCUGAUAGAAGAAGCCUUGGAUGGCGACGUUGACUGUUUGGUCAAACAGUUAAGCCAGCUUGAACAGAUCGAUCACAAUGAUGCGUUGGUUGUAGCAAUGAGCGAUCUCGGCGUUGCAGGCUCUGAUACAACUGCAGUCAUAGCAUCAUGA